GACAGACGUGUCAUUCACACCGGGGAAGCAGAACCAGGCGCUGUGGUUGGCCAUGAGCCUGGGCUGCUUCCUGCUGCGCUGGCACCCGGGGCGAAGGAGCCAGCAGCGGCAGGCAGGGUGCCGGCCCCGCAAGCAGCUGGUGAGGUAGGAUGGUGCUGGUGCUGGCACUGUGGGCCUGCCUGGCACUGGGCACAGCCCGUGAGGAGAGCCCGGCACCCGCGCCCCUGGCAGGCGGCCAGCCCUUUGCCGUGGUGUGGAACGUCCCCUCCGGGCGCUGCCAGCACCGCUUUGGCAUAGGGCUGCCCCUCAGCGACUACGGCAUCGUGGAGAACCAGGGUGGCCACUUUGCUGGCCAGAACAUCACCAUCUUCUACAAGAACAAGUUUGGUCUGUACCCCUACCUGUCACAGCACGGUGUCCCCCAUAACGGGGGCCUCCCCCAGCGUGUCUCCCUCGACGCCCACAUCAACAGGGUGGCCGAGGACAUCCACCUCCUCCUGCGACCUGCUUUCCAUGGCUUGGCCGUGGUGGACUGGGAAGAGUGGAGGCCCCUGUGGGCCCAAAACUGGGGAGCCAAAAAGAUGUACCGGACAGCCUCAGAGCAGUGGGUGCGGGACCAGCACGGCGUCCUGCCGGCACGGCAGCAGCUCCGACUGGCCCAGCUGGAGUUCGAGCAGGCGGCACAGGCUCUAAUGGAGGAGACCCUUCUGGUGGGCCGAGCCCUGCGCCCUGGGGGGCUCUGGGGUUUCUACCGCUUUCCCGACUGCCUCAACAGCAACUGGGCCAAGGAGGCAAACUACACCGGGCAGUGCCAGCCGGCGGAGGUGCAGCGCAACAACCAUCUGGGCUGGCUCUGGGCCGCCUCGUCUGCCCUCUACCCCAGCAUCUACCUGCCGCUGGUGCUGCCGCCCGCCCUGCGCCGCCGCUACGUGCACCACCGGCUGCGCGAGGCCCUGCGCGUGGCCGCCUUCGGGGCCCACGGCCUCCUGCCCGUGAUCGCCUACUCCCGCCUCUCCUUCCGCCGCUCCUCACGGUUCCUGCCGCUGGCUGACCUGGUGCACACCAUCGGGGAGAGCGCGGCGCUGGGAGCGGCUGGGCUCGUGCUCUGGGGAGACAUGUCCUACUCCCACUCGGCCCGGCGCAGUUGGCGCACCGGGAACCCAGUGCCCAGCUCCUGGGGGCCCUGCAGCACCUCACUGCCCGCUCACGCUGCCCGGGCGCAGGGAGCCAUGCCCAGGGAGGCUGCAGAAGACAGCAUGGGAAGGGCUGAGGGUGCUGCACCGGCAGAGCCUGGGGACCCCGACAGCAGUGAGUCUGGAGCCAUCAGCCUGCGCCCCGUGGAGUCCAUCAGCGAUCUGUACUGGGCCUCGGGCGGGCACAAGGGCACAGAGGGCAAUGGCCCGGCUCCCUCCAGCAGCCUGCACCGGCCUCCGCCUCGGCCCGUGUCCCCUGUGCCCCCGCCGCUCCUGCCCACCCUGCGCCCCGUGCCCCCUGCCAGCCUCUGCCCCUGCCUCGGCCCUGGCCACCCCCUGCUGCUGGCCCUGCUGGCACUCCUGGCACUGUCGAGCCUGGUCCUGGCCACACUGGCCAUCUACCUGAGUGUCCUGCAGAGCCAGUCGGUGCGGGCGCUGGCCCAGUGGCUGGAGAGCCAGGAGGACGCCGUGCACCAGCUGCGGGCAGCCAGCAGGCAGCUCUGGGCUCGCCUCAAUGCCAGUGCCCAGCCUGGCGGGCACCGCUGAGCUGCCCCUCACGCCACCAUGGGCUCUGGGAUGCCACGGGAAGGGGCAACGAAGGGCAGGAGGGGGGAGCGGGCAGCCUUACC